CCCCCCAACCCACAGGCAUUGCUCGCUUGUAGUACCCAGUAUGGCUCUAACUAUAGUAGAGUAGAGCAAUGAGAGCAGUCGGUUCAGGCAUGGGGAACGAUAGAGCACGCGUAAGGGAAUCGACGCCGGAGUUGUGAUGUAAGCUGCGGGUUUCCGGCGGUCAAGGAAGUGGCGUUCCAGUGAAUUGCUCAACGCUUUUAGGGAGCUAAUACCAGAAACACGAACACGAUGUCAGCUCGCUCCCUGUACUGCUCAAACUUCAAUGGCGUAUUAUGCUAGUAGUGGCAAUGAUGGCUGCUGCGGACGACCAAUCAGAGCACGCCACGUUGUCAGCGGAGAACAGACGACCCGCAGCGGGAAGGAGUAGCUGCUAGGGCGGAGAUUAAUUUCCGUUGUGCUGACGAAGCGCGUGGGAAGGAAGAAGGUCCUAAGGACGACCGCGAGUAAGGAAAACGCGGAUUCUAGGUUUCUCUUUAAGGAUAAGGCGGUAGCCACGGCUGGCGGUGGGUCCUCGUUAGAGUCUCAGGAAGGAUGCGAGGAUAUAGGUGUCCGAAGACAUGCUUAUAUCGGGGAUGGCGAGAGCAGUCACGGAGUUGGAAGGUCAGGAGGAGGAGGAGAGGGAUGCGGGACGGGUACCGAAGUCGGAAACGAUAAUUUGAGAAAACCGAAGAUCAUGACGGAUAGUGGGAGCGCAGAGAAAGAGAAGAAUGACUCGCUUACUCAGCUGGGGGAAGAGCAGCAGCAGGAUCGGAUGCAGAGUGAGGAGGAGCAGCAAGUGAGGGAAGAGCAGCGGCAGCAGCAACAGGCACAUCUGCACCUGGAUGAUAGUCUGUUAGGCCUCCAGCACAGGCCUUCGGGCGUUGCUCCGUGGUCUCACAGCACGGCUCACGGCCGAGCUACUGGUCCCUUAGAGGACCCAAACAGGCUGGAUGUGCAACCAGGUGGUACCAGUCCUUCAGGCCUCCUGCACAGGCCCUUGGGCCUUGCUUCACGGUCUCACAGCACGGCUCAAGGCUUAGCUGUGGGUCCCUUAGGGGAACCAGACAGACUGGAUGCGCAACUAGGCGCAGUAACAAGAGAUAAGGUGGUAACCAGAGACACGGUGGUAACCAGAAACACGGUGGUAACCAGAAACACAGUGGUAAUCAGAGACACGCCUCUGGAAGGCCCAGGCACCACCGGUGGAUUUAACAGCGCAGAUCUGACGGCGGGGAUUGAGCCAGACCAUCUCCAUCCAACAGAGAGGAAUGGCCGAGGAGAGAGUCAGAGGCCAGCCAGGAGAGGUCAUGGGAUUGGUGGGAGGUUGGCGAGGGCAGGAGGCGAGGGGCUUGGAGGGAGAUCAACGAGAGUAGGCGGGGCGGGGGGAUGGCUCGCUGUGCACCUUGCUGCUGCUGGGCUAACGCCAAACGCCGGACUAACUCCACCUGCUGCUGCUGCGGCUCCUUCUCCUGCUGCUGCUGCUGCGGGUGCUCCUGCGCCUGCUCCUGCUCCUGCUGCGGGUGCUGCUGCUGUCGCGGCGGCUGCUGCUCCUGGGGGUGGUGCCGCCGGUCGGUUUGUAGAAGGAAGAGAGGAGGCUCUGCUGGUGCCUGCGUUACACAGUGGGUUACACAGUGGGUUACACAGUGGGUUAUAUAGUGGGUUGCACAGUGGGAGUGGGGGGACAGGUGGGACUGAGGAUAGGAUCUUAGGCCAGUCAGAUUCUGAUGACCGACUUCCAGUAGGGGUUCUCCUGCCACGUCAGCAGCAGCAUACUGAUCGGCAUCAGCAGGAGCUGCCACGUCAUCUGCAGCUGCCAGCUCAUCACCAGCAGCUACCGAGUCAGUUCCCACAACCCUGGCACAUGUGGCACGACCAGCACCAUCACCGUCAUCAUCACCAUCUCAAUCAUGAUCCCCCUCAGCGGCAGCAGAACCACCACCAUCAAGAGCAGGAUAAUCACUCUCAUAACCAUUUUCUGCAGCAGCAGUUGCAGCAUCGGUUGCAGCAGCACCACCAAUUGCAGCAGCACCAACAGCAGACUCAGCAGCUUUACCAGGAGCAAGGGGGAGCGAGGGGAAGGGGAGGAGAAGAGGUGGAGGUGGAGGAGGAAGAAGAGGAGGAGGCUGUAGCAGGGUUUAGUCAGGAGGAGCGGUGUGAAUGGGUGGGUAGGAGAGGAGUUGGGCUGCUUUGGCGGAGGGGAGGCAGAGGAAGGGGAGGGGAAGAGGUGGAGGUGGAGGAGGAGGAGGAGGAGGCUGUAGCAGGUUUUAGCCAGGAAGAGCGGUGUGAAUGGGUGGAUAGGAGAGGAGCUGGGAAAGGGGAGUGUAGACAAGAGGAUGAGGGAAGAGCAGGAGAAGGAGACGGGGGAGGAGGAGGAGAAGGAGGAGGAGCAAGAGGAGGAGGAGGGGAGACAGAAGUGGCUGGCGAUUUUACUGGAAAUGGCUUUCCUCGGUCUCCCAUUCCGAAGCAAUUUUCUCUCUGGAGAUCCACAGGAAGAAACCGAGCCAAGCCAGACGCAGGCUCGGCAGGAGGUCCGGGUCUAGGCCUGGAACUUGGUCUGGGAAUAGACCUGGAGAUGGGUGCGGGGGGGUUUCAGGCAGAAGGGACGAGUGCAGAAUGGAGAAACCCGCGGGUAAUUAGUGCUGUGGAUUUUCCUGCACCUGCUACAGCUGCUAGGGGUGGACUUGCGUCCGUUUCUGCUGCUGUGGCUGCUCGUGUUUCCUCGCCCACUUCUACUGUAGCAGCUGGGGUGUCUGUCUCGUCCCCUGCGUCCUCCCUUGCCUCUCAGCUGCCUUUCUUGGCGCGUGGGUCGUCUUUGCAUGGGCCGGAGUGGGGUAGAGAGGUGAGAGAAGGGAGGGAAAGGAGGAGUGGGAGAGGGGGGAGGGAGGGUAGGGAAGUGAGGGAAGAGAGGGAAGAGAGGGAAGAGAGGGAAGAGAGGGAAGAGAGGGGCGGGGAAGAAGAGAAGGAGGAGAGGGAAGGAAGGGACGAGCAACAGCAAGGCGAACAGCAACAUGAGCAGCAGGAAGCAUGGGCAGAGGAAGUGGGGUUGGCGUGCUUGCAGCAAGACGAAUAUGCCCAGGUGCAGCAGCAGACACAUCAGCAGCAGCAGCCGCAAAGCCAGCCACAACAGCAGAAGGAGCAGCAGAAGCAUCAGCAGCAGCGGGAGUCAGACCAACAAACACAUCAAGCAGGGCUCAUAGGGGCACAAGCGGGGUUGACCAGGGCACAAGUGCGGUUGACUGCGGUUGAAGCACGGGUGACAGGGGCACAAGCAACUAUUGUCACUCCACCGCACAUGGGAGGUCCCUCUGCCGCUUUGACGUCACUCCCCCAAACCUUACCUCGAGGAUUGGGCCGAACCACGGACGGGUCCGGUGCCGAACCUCGGGCUCUGGCAAGCACAGCAACAGGCCGGGAUCUCUCUCCUCUGCUACCUCGGAACGAAGGCAAGGAGAGUGUUGGGGGGGCUUUUAGAACUAAUGCUUUUAAAGGAGGUGCUUUUAAAGGGGGUGGUUUUAAAGGGGGGAGUUCUACUCCCAGCGGGCAGUGGUUUGCCCGGCUCAUCAAGCCGAAGGUUCCCGUGGUUGGGAAUAGGAUGAUAGAGAGGGGAGAGGAGAGGGGGCCGGAGGGUGAAAAAAAUAUUGGAGGUAGGCUCGGGGGCCAAGGGGUCGGGAGUGAGCAGCCUAGGAUUUUAGGGUUUCCAUUUCAGACAGCUCCGCAACAGCAACAUCAGAACCAGUCGCAGCAGCAGCAGGAGCAGCAGCAGCAGCGAAGGUGCGGUGAGGAGGCAGAACCGAGCAGGGCAGGAGGGUGGAGAAGAGGAGCAGGUGGAGCGCAGCAGCCAGGGGUCGACGGAGGGGGGGAUGGGAGGAGAAGGACUCAAGAACCAAGUGAAGUACAAGGAGCAGAAAUCCGUAGAUCUCCAAGCCCGCUAACCGUCCUUCAGUACCAAAGGUUCUCCUCAUCGGUUAAAGGUGGAUCUGGAGCAGCAGCAGCAGCAGCAGCAGCAGCAGCAGCAGCAGCAGCAGCAGCAGCAGCAAUAGGAAUACCCAUGCCGGGAGCAGCUAUCCCAGGGGCAGCAAUGUUAGGAGCACUUGUGCCAGGAGCGGCUACGGUGGGAGCAGUUAUGCCAGGAGCGGCCACACUGAGAGCAGCCGGAAACCCUAACCCUAAUUUGAGGCCCUUGACAAACCCUAAUUUUGCCUCAAGCCCUUGGUCGAAUCCUAACCCUAAUCUCAACCCUUUGCGAAACCAUAAUUUGAGUGCUGGGCUUGACGUGGGCAGGGAGGCAGUUAGUGCCGGCGUUGGUGCGAGUGCAGUGAUAGGCGGGGCUGCUGCUGCUGCUGCUGCUGCUGCGGUCCGUGCUUCUAUUCGCCCGUCUGCUGCGGCUGCUGGUGCUGUUGCUAGGGCAGCGGCUGGUAUGGAAGUGCUCCCAGCCGUUUCCAUACCUGAUGCAGCAGGUUCGGCAAUCCACGCACCUGCAGGCUCGGACUCCCUUGUUGCGGCAAGUAGAUGUGUGGGCGGGCCAGUGGCAGUAGGGAAAGGCGGGUGGAGGGCGCGUGGGAGGUGGCAGAGGGACAGCGAAGGAGAUGAGAGGGGGGAGGCAGGGGAAGCGGCGGGUGAGGCAGAAGGGCCAUAUGCUGCAGGAGUAGUGAGGAGUGAGUGGAAGGGGGAGGCAGAAGGGCCGUAUGCUGCAGAAGCAGUGAGGAGUGAGAGGAAGGGGGAGGCAGAAGGGCCGUAUGCUGCAGAAGCAGUAAGGAGUGAGAGGAAGGGGGAGGCACGGGAGGCAGACCAUGUGAGAGAGGCGCAUAUAGAGCUGCAGUUUGCUAAGGAAACUCGGGUAGGUGAAGCAGCAGGAUUGCAUGAUUGCCUGGUGGGAACCGACGUAGGCAGGGGGGGCACGAGGGGCGUGGGGGAGUGUGCAGCGGGAUUGCGGGAUAAAAUGCAGGAUAAAAUGCAGGAUAAAAUGCAGGAUAAAAUGCAGGAUAAAAUGCAGGAUAAAAUGCAGGAUUGCCUGGGGAGAACGGGCUAUUUGAGGUAUGGAGUGACUGCUGCUGGGAUGGCGAUUGAAGGGGGCCGUAAGGAGGGGUUAGGAGGGAGGGAGGGGAUGGGCGGGAGGGAUGGUGUGGGAGGAUUGUUGGAUUUGCGGUUGGGGAAGGAAAGGGAAGUGCACGAUGUGAGGGAGAGAGAGAGCGAGAAAGGGGAUGGAGGACUGGAAAGAGAGAGAGAAGGCGGGAGAGAGCAGGGUAGAGGAAAGAGAGGGCGGGAGGAGAGUGACUGGGGUCAGAGGGAGAGGGGGGAUCAGAGGGAGAGGGGGGAUCAGAGGGAGAGGGGGGAUCAGAGGGAGCCUUCUAGGCAGGAGAGAGACGAGGGGAGAGGGAAGAGACGAGGGCAUAGAGGGGUGAGAGACGGUGAGAGAACAGAAAAGGAUAGAGAGAGGAGGAUAAGAGAUAAGGAGAAGGCAUCCGUGGGGGGGUUGCUAGAAGGGGAGAGUUCUGCCAAGCUGGAGGCGCUGCGCUUGUGGCGGCAAGAGGCUGCCAGGUGGCGCGAGGAGAUUGGCCGGCAGGAGCGGAGCCUAGGGCUUGUAGGGAAGGGCGGAGGAGGAGAAGGGGAAGGUAAAGGGGGUGGAAGAGGAAGGGAGGAAGGCAAUGGUAGGUCAGAAGGAAGAGAGGGAGAGGAAGGACGAGAAGGAGCACGAGAAGGCAUGGAGACUGGCACUGCUGCUGCUGCUGCUGCUGCUGCUGCUGCUGCUGCUGCUGCUGAUGCUGAUGCUGCUGUUCCUGAUGCGGCUGCUGCUGUUCCUGGUGUUGCUGCUGCUGCUUCUGCUGCUGCUGAUGCUGCUGUUCCUGGUGCUGCAGCUGUUAUUUGUGCUGCUGCUGCUGCUGCUGCUACUGGCGCUGUUGCUGUCACUGGUGCUCUUGGCCCCCCACCCCCCGUCACCACCCCCAGGUGCAUGCUUCCCAUUCUUGAAAUCGGUUACCUGGCCCUCGGCCAUUCCCUCACCGGGUCCUCCCCCCGCUGUGACUUCUGCGGCCUGCCCGGCCACACCCUGUUGACUUGCGCUGAAACGCUUGACUCUGAGACCUCUGCUCUGAUUGGCCGGCUGGCUGCCAAGGGGGAUGUGGAUAGGGGGGUGGAGAGGUGGAAGAGGAAGCGAGAGGAGGAGAGGAGAGAGGAGGAGAGGAGGGGCGGGAAGAGGAGAAGACGGGGAGAGGGAGGUGGGGAGGAGGGGCGAGGAGAGAGGGGGAAGAGGGGUGAGGGGGUGGGUGGAGGAGAGGGGGAGGGGGGGCGCUUGGGUGGUGGAAAGGAAGGGGCGGGGGACACAGGGGAAGGUUUAACAGCCGUUGGCGCUAUAGAAUCUGCAGGAGGUCUAGGGAGACUAGACGGUAUAGGGGGGGUUGAGGAGGGGUUGGGGGAAGCUGGGGAUUUUGGGGUGGUUGCAAGUAUAGCAGGAAUUGGUUCGUAUCUGCCAUAUGGGGCAUCUCGUCCCUCUUCCGUUCCGCCUGCUCUGGCAAGGGCUCUGGGCUUAAAACGAGGACUGGGUGUACUGAACAGCAACAGCGAAAGUGCGGGGCGUAUGUCGAGUUGUGGGGGAAACAGUAACGUGCUUAUGGGUGCUCUUGUUAGUGGAGCAGGUGCGCCUGGGGGAGGUAUUAUCGGGACUCCACGUGAAUUGUUGUUGGGGGAAAUCACUUACGCAUCUGUGGGUGCUCUUGUUAGUGGGGCAGGUGCAGCUGGGGAAGGUGUACUUCAGCAAUCAGGGAUACGGGCAGCAGGAGCAGGAGGGGUGUUCUUAGCACCGCAUGACUUGUGGGUUGUUGGAGGAGUAGGAAGUCGGGGAGCAGGGAGGCAGGGGGAGGUGAGAGAGGAGAGGGGAAGAGAAGAGGUAUAUGCUGCUGAUGGUGCUGGUGGUGCUGGUGGUGCUGGUGCUGCUGGUGAUCAUGGUGGUGCCGCUGCUGCUGCUGGUGCUGGUGGUACUUGUGAUUAUGGUGGUGCUGCUGCUGCUGAUGAUGGUGAUGGUGUUGGUAGUGGUGGUGUGGCCGCUGAUUAUGAAGAGGCAGCAGGAGGGGAGGAAGGUGAAAGGAAGGCUUGGAAUAACAGUAAGGAGUCUCGGAGGGCGUAUGGGGGGGUAAGCAGUCUGGCAAAGGAUGUAGAAGGAGAAUGUGAGGUGAAAGGGGUGGAGGGUGUUUUUGAAGGGUGUAAUUCUCAAAAGCACCCUUCAAAGGAUGUGGAAGGAGAGUGUGAGAAAGGGGAGGAGGAUGGCAAGGGGGGAGGGAAGGAGCUGGGGAAGGGAGGAGCGGGGGGUUGCAGUGAGAAUGGAGAGUUGCCUGGUGAGGGGGGGGCUGCUUUUGAGGUGCCUCAAAAGCGAAAGGGAGGAGCGGGGGGUUGCUGUGAGAAUGAGGAGUUGCCUGGCGAGGCGGGGAUAGACAAAAGAGAGGGCGAGCACAUGGAGGAGAGUGAAGAGAAGGGUCCGGAGGAGGGAGGGAAUGACAACAGGAAGGCAGGGGAGAGUAGUGGGAAGGACGACGAGCUGGUGGGGAAAAGCCUGGGAGGAGAGAGAGGAGACGCGAGAGAGGAAGGGGAGGAUUCGCAAGAGAGGAAGGAAAGAGAGGAAGCGAGUGAAGGGGACCAAGAGAUGGAGAGAGGAGAAGAGGCAGAAGGAGAUGAAGCGGUGGGAGAAGCCAGGGAUGAUGGGCCUACGCCCGUGUGCCUGUGGUGCCUGGCAGAAGGCCAUUGGGCGGCGGAGUGUGCUGACCUGGCGAGGGCCCGGGUGAAGCACGCAACCAGUAGCAGGGAGACAGGUGGCAGGGACACAGCUGGCACGGGCCGAGCAACCACUGGCACUGGAAGGGACACCAUGGGUACAGGGAGGGAGACUACUGGUACGGGGGUUGGUACGGGGGUUGGUACUGGGGUUGGGACUUCGCUGACUGGGCCUGGGACGUGCAGGGAGGUGUCGAAUACAAUGACGCUGAGGGGGAUGGUAUUAUCGGGCAGGGAAGCAGUGGGAACGGGCAGGGAAGCAGUGGGAACGGGCAGGGAAGCAGUGGGAACGGGCAGGGAAACAGAGGGAAGAGCAGUCGAGGCAGGAGCACCAGCAGCAGAGGCAGGAGCAGCAGCAGCAGAGGUAGAGGCAGCGGCAGCAGCAGAGGGAGGAGCAGCAGCAGCAGAGGUAGAGGCAGCAGCAGGAGAAGAAGCAAGGAGAGCAGAAGCAGAGGCAGGGGAAGGUGCAGUGGUGGGAAUAGAUAUGGGCAUGCUAGAUGAUUUUGACGGUGACUCAAGGCAGGAUGCCAGGGGAGGUCAAUCAUUUGUACAGGCACCUGGCGCUGUUUCAUGGGACUUGGACUUGGAGCCAGUGGCAGAGCAAACAGCCACAGCAGCUGUAGCAGCAGCUGUAGCAGUAGAAAGAUUUGUCGGUGCCAAAAGGCGGGAAGCCAGAGCAGAUAGAGCAUCUCUACAGGCACCUGGUGCUGAUUCUUGGGACUUAGAACCAGUGGCAGUUCAAGCAGACGUCGCAGCAGCAGUAGCGGCAGCAGCAGCAGUAGGGACAGCAGCAGAAGCAGGGCCGGCAGCAGCAGGGGCAGCUGCAGAGGUAGCAGUAGAGACAGCAGGAGAGGCAGCAGGAAGAAGUGCAGCAGCAGGCGCGUCGCCAGCUGCAGCGCACAGACCCACAGGUGCAGCAGCAGCAGCUCGGGCAACAGGGGAGGCAGGCAAGUCCAUGGUAGCGCCUGACCAACGGAAAGGAGAGGCGGGCACGAGGAAUGUGGCUCCGGGAGAGGGAAAUGCACGGGCAGAAAUGCCCUGUUCCUCUGCCCUGCUCCCAGGCUGGUUUGCCCUCUUUGACCUGAGUCCCACUUGCAGCACCGCACAGGGGGGCAACAGCCUGCCCCCUGGCCUGCUCGCCUCCAUAGAAUCGUUGCGGCUCUCCCGAAGGGACGUUGUCCGGAUUCAAAGCCAUCCAGGUGUCAGGGCGCGAGUGGUUGGCUUCUUCCUCCGCCUCCGCUUGGGCAAGAGGGAGGAGGAUCUGGGCGGCACUGGUUACCGCAUGGCCAAAAUACUAGGUGUCGUGCGCAAGCAAGCCGUUGAAUCCUUACCCUCGUCCGCGGACUCUGCUGGAAUGGCGCUUUCUGUAGAUAUGGGUGACGGGGAAUACACGGUAGACGGCCAUUACGUCUCCAACAAGCCUUUCCUCGAGGUUGAGGUUCUAGAGUGGUGUAGAAAGAUAUGGCAGAAGGGUGGAGCUGCGUUGCUUGCUCCCAUCCUCUCUCCAAAGGAUAUGGAGUCCAAGAUUUGUGAGAGACGCAGCUGGAGCUGAAAGAGGGAAGCAGUAACAGCAUGGAAGUAUGCGCAUGCAUCAUUUCAACAUGUGACAUUCCAAUCUGUUCUUGCUUUGUUGCUUGUUUUUAUCA